AAGGGAGGGAAAAGUUCCCUGCGCGGAGAGCCGGGCAGGCGCACGCUCAUACGGCGGCGGCCGCAGCGGCAGGGCGGGGCCGGCAGGGCGGGCGGUGGCGGAGGAAGACCCCUUAUUUCGUCCUCGCCUCCCUCGGUGUCUCUCUCUCAAACCUCGGUCACGUACCAGGGUCCGGAGGACUUGUGCACAGCGGCCAUGGGCGGCGUCGGGGAGCCCGGCGGGGGACCCGGGCCGCGGGAGGGGCCCGCACCGCUGGGGGCGCCCCUGCCCAUCUUCCGCUGGGAGCAAAUCCGCCAGCAUGACCUACCAGGCGACAAGUGGCUGGUCAUCGAGCGCCGUGUCUACGACAUCAGCCGCUGGGCACAGCGGCACCCUGGGGGUAGCCGCCUCAUCGGCCACCACGGCGCGGAGGACGCCACGGAUGCCUUCCACGCCUUCCACCAGGAUCUCCAUUUUGUGCGCAAGUUCCUGAAACCCCUGUUGAUCGGAGAGCUAGCCCCAGAGGAACCCAGCCAGGAUGGAGCUCAGAAUGCACAGCUGAUCGAGGACUUCCGAGAGCUGCGCCAGGCAGCGGAGGACAUGAAGCUGUUUGAAGCCGACACCACUUUCUUUGCACUCCUGCUGGGCCACAUCCUGGCUAUGGAGUUGUUGGCCUGGCUUAUCAUCUACCUCUUGGGCCCUGGCUGGGUGUCCAGUGUCCUUGCCGCCCUCAUCCUGGCCAUCUCUCAGGCCCAGAGCUGGUGUCUGCAACAUGAUCUAGGUCAUGCCUCCAUCUUCACUAAGUCCAGGUGGAACCAUGUGGCCCAGCAGUUCGUGAUGGGGCAGUUGAAAGGCUUUUCUGCCCACUGGUGGAAUUUCCGCCACUUCCAGCACCAUGCCAAGCCCAAUAUCUUCCACAAGGACCCAGAUGUGACUGUCGCACCUGUCUUCCUCCUGGGGGAGUCAUCCGUGGAGUAUGGCAAGAAGAAACGCAGAUACCUGCCCUACAACCGCCAGCAUCUGUACUUCUUCCUGAUUGGCCCACCGCUGCUCACCCUGGUGAACUUUGAAGUUGAAAAUCUGGCGUACAUGCUGGUGUGCAUGCAGUGGACGGACUUGCUGUGGGCUGCCAGUUUCUACUCCCGCUUCUUCUUGUCCUACUUUCCCUUCUAUGGUGCCACUGGGACACUGCUCCUCUUCGUUGCUGUCAGGGUGCUUGAGAGCCACUGGUUCGUGUGGAUCACACAGAUGAACCACAUCCCCAAGGAGAUUGGCCACGAAAAGCAUCGGGACUGGGCCAGCUCUCAGCUGGCAGCCACCUGCAAUGUGGAACCUUCGCUCUUCAUCGACUGGUUCAGUGGGCACCUCAACUUCCAGAUCGAGCACCACCUCUUUCCCACGAUGCCGAGGCACAACUACCGGCGGGUGGCCCCCAUGGUCAAGGCAUUCUGCGCCAAGCACGGCCUACAUUACGAGGUGAAGCCCUUCCUCACCGCCCUGGUGGAUAUCAUCGGGUCCUUGAAGAAGUCUGGCGACAUCUGGCUGGAUGCAUACCUCCAUCAAUGAAGGCAGCACCCUCAUGGGUGGUGAAGGGGGUAAGGGCCCAGACUCCAGCAGUCACCAAGCCACUGGGCAAGAUUGACAGCCGUCCUCACCCCCUGCUGGGGCAGCCUGACUGCCUGCCUGGUCCUGCUGGCUCUCCUCAGUUCUCAGCAUUUUCUGUUCAGGAACCCUAUGGCCAUGGCAAAUGUCCAACAGGACCAGGGGUGGAGGGAAGAUACUUAAAACGACACGGUGAGCAUAGCAUGUUUUCCUAGAGCAAGAAUUGGAGGAAAACUUGUUAUUUUUAUAUAAAAAGCAACCCAGAGACAUGGAGCCAAGCGUUGGAUUUUCAUGAAUUUUGGAGCCAAAUCCGCUUCAGACUUGGUGGAGAGGGCAUCAGUGUUGAGUUGGGAUGGACUGUAAGGAGUUCCCCUCCACCCUGGGUGCUCUGGGUAAUGGAGGCAACAGCUGCUCCAUCUUGGCUCGACCCCGUGGCUUGUUCCUAUGUUCAGCAGUACCCUGGGGUGAGUUAUAUUCUCAAGAGCCUAAAGUAAAGGGUCACACCUGCAGGAGCCUCUGGGUUAUGGGAUGGGAAAGCUCUCUGUGUACUGGCUUCCUAUAGCCCCCUAUGCAGGAGGGCCCAGUAGUGAGAGCCCUGCUAGACGUGACACUGCACAAUAGUUGUAGUGCUGAAUAGGCAGCGACUCAAGUGUGGCCAUUCUGUCCCUAAGUCCUUUAAAUCUAAGAACUAUUUCUUGAGCAGGAACUAACCACCCACUUGACCUCAGGAUCUUCAUCUGGACAGUGGGGACGGUUGACAGUUGAAUGUACCUAUCAACCUUUGAACCGCUCAAGUUGGAAAUUUUGCUUUAUCUUGAGUCUCUCCCCAAAGUGUUAAGCUACUCAAGCUAAGCACUCCAGUUUUGGAGGGCAGCCCUUCCCUAGUGCUAAAAAAAAUCAAGUACUCCACUACUGACCUAACCCCAUGUUUGGUGAGAAAGGAGAGGGGACAGUGGACUCUGUCAGCACCAACACCCCAUGGCUCCAAGCCAAAUCUUUAAAGAGGUCUCAAAAGUUUUAGGCUGUAGCAAACCCAGCAGAAAUGUCAAACUGGGGGGUCUCCUGUAGGAGCUGAGGCCUCAUCACUAGCUGUGAGGACUACCCCAACCUCUCUCUGUUGCCUAGGGAAGUACCAGUAGAAGCCUCCUGGAUAAAGUGAGGGAAACAGAGGUCCCAUCAUCUGCUGGGUGCCUACCUUGUUCUGUUCCAUUUAGCCUCCACCUCCCUUUCCCCGGGAUUAGGUGGAUGGGGAUAAGUCAUGUAUCUGCUAGGACUUAAGGCUGUUUGACCUCAAGGAAGGAAUUCAAGCUCUUAAGGCCAAAGUAUCACUUCCAAAGUGAUGAGAAAUAAAAAGGAUGCCUUAGGAGGGCUCUCAGCAAAAGGCAGGCUCAUAAGACUCAAGAGCUCUAUGCCUGUGGUCCCAUGCCUCUGGGCUAUUUUGUUCCGAGACAAGCCCUUUGCUUUCUCUGGACUUUAUUUUCUUCCUCAGGUAAGGACUGAAGAUCCCUUGAAAGGCACUUCUAAGCCCUGCACACAUACUUGUAACCCAAGGUACUUAAACAGAAACAGGAGGAUCACGAGUUCAAAGGCAGCCAAGGAAACUUAAUAAAAUCCUGUUUGAGAUGAUAAUAAUAAAUAUUUUAAGGGUCUGGGGGAUGUAACUCAGUAGGAAGACUUCUAGCAUGUGUAGGCCCCGAGUUUAAGCCCUAACUAACACACAGACACACACACAGACACAGACACAGACACACACACACACACACACACCUACUUCCUGCCUCAAAAGCAAAUUUCUUAUAUCCAGAGUAUGUCAGAUUGUCUUUCUGUACUUCUGUUCCCUGCAGGAAGUCCCCUUUCCCAUCCAAAUUUUGAUGAUCCUAGUAUCACAUAAGUAUGGCCAAUGUGGUGGUGGUGGGGCAUUCCCUCAGCAUACAGUCUGGAAGCACUUCGUCUCCACUCUGGAGACGAAGAAAUCUGAAGUCAGAUUUCUGUUGGUGUCUCUGACAUGCUUAGAGACACGUACUGUUCAGAGGAAUCACCCAGCCUGCAGCACCCCCCACGGGUAUCCACUUGACUGCAGUGUGGACUGUUUCAUGCUGCCCCUAGUGGUGGCCAUGGGGAGUGUGCUUUCUCCCUCCAAAUGCAGAGUUCUCCAAUAAAAUACCCUGCAGAGUC